AUGUUAGCAGAAGGUGUCGACCGACAUUUAGCCAUAGCAAAAAGUUCAAUGCGACCGAGGGGAUUUCCUAGUUGUGGGGUUUUUUACGUCUACAAGAAUUUCAAGAGUAUGGCACCAGCAAAUGCGCGGAGCAAUAGCUCUCUUCCAGCAGGUUAUAAGGAAGACUCAUCUAAAGGUCCCAUGCUACGAUUUGAGGAAUCACUCCCAAAACUUCCAGUUCCUACGUUAGAAGAGACAGCUGUGCGAUAUCUCAAAUCAGUCCAUCCCUUGGUUACUUCUGCCGAGCUACAAACCACCACAAAAGCUGUUCAAGAAUUCAUAAAGCCAGGCGGAAUCGGUAGCAAACUCCAAGAGAAAUUAAUCGCUCGUCGAGAGGACCCUAAACACAAGAAUUGGCUAUAUGAGUGGUGGAAUGAUGCAGCAUAUUUGAGCUACAGAGAUCCAGUCGUUCCAUAUGUCAGCUACUUUUAUUCCCACCGAGAUGAUAGAAGGCGGCGCGAUCCAUCAAAGAGAGCUGCUGCCAUCAGUACUGCAGUUUUGGAAUUCAAGAAACAAGUGGAUGGUGGAACUUUGGAACCUGAAUACAUGAAGAAACUACCAAUCUCUAUGGAAAGUUAUCAAUGGAUGUUCAACGCCAGUCGAGUUCCAGCAAAGCCAGCAGAUCACCCAGUCAAAUACUCUGCGGAGGAGAACAAACACAUUUUGGUCAUUCGCAAAAACCAAUUCUUCAAGGUUAUGCAUGAAGUUGAUGGACAACAAUUGAAUACCUCUGAGUUGGAACAACAAUUCAAGUGCAUUUACGAGAAGGCCGAAACUACACCAGCAGUCGGAAUUCUUACAUCUGAGAAUCGCGAUAUUUGGACCGAUGCUCGUGAAGUUCUUCUCAAGGCAAACCCAACAAACGCAAAGAUUCUCAGAGACAUCGAAUCUGCUUCAUUUGUUGUUUGCUUAGAUGAUGCUGCUCCAGUUACUCUCGAAGAGCGAGCCCAUCAAUACUGGCACGGUGAUGGGGCAAACCGUUGGUUUGAUAAACCUCUCCAAUUUAUCAUCAACAACAAUGGUACAUCCGGUUUCAUGGGUGAGCACUCUAUGAUGGACGGAACACCUACACAUCGUUUGAAUGACUACGUAAAUGAAGUCAUCUUCAACAACAAACUCGAUUUCUCCAACCCAUCCACCCGUUCCAAUCUUCCCGAACCAACACCUCUCAAAUUCCACAUCACAAAAGAAGUCCAAUCAGAAAUUGAACGCGCAACAAAGGAUUUCACCGAAGUUAUCGCUGCUCACGAACUUCGUGUUCAAGCUUACCAAGGUUAUGGUAAAGGACUCAUCAAAAAAUUUAAAUGCUCACCUGAUGCUUAUGUACAAAUGAUUAUUCAACUUGCCUAUUUCAAAAUGUACGGUAAAAACAGACCUACAUACGAAAGUGCGGCAACCCGUCGUUUCCAACAAGGACGUACUGAAACAUGUCGUUCCGUCUCCGACGACUCGGUGGCUUUCUGCAAAGCUAUCUCCGAUCAUACCGUCGACCCAUCUAAAGCUAUUGCUACAUUCCGCGCAGCUAUUAACUCGCAUGUUGAAUAUAUUACAGCAGCCAGUGAUGGAAAGGGUGUAGAUCGCCAUUUAUUCGGAUUAAAGAAAUUAUUGGAACCAGGAGAAGAGCUUCCUGCUAUUUUCAAAGAUCCUACUUAUUCUUACAGUAGUAAAUGGUUUAUUUCGAGUAGUCAGUUGAGCUCGGAAUAUUUUAAUGGAUAUGGAUGGAGUCAAGUGGUUGAUGAUGGAUGGGGAAUUGCCUAUAUGAUUAACGAGAAUAGCAUCCAAUUCAAUGUCGUAUCAAAGGGUCUCGGUUCAGAAAGAAUGAGCUUUUAUCUCAACGAGGCAGCGGGAGAUAUUAGAGAUCUUUUGAUUCCUACUUUAGAACCUGCUAAAGCUAAGUUGUAG